AUGGCAUCAAGACACUACAUCAUGGCCAUCAUUGUCUCCAUCGUCAUCAUGGUUAUCCUGUCCUCCUCGGGUGCUCCAGUGACCCCCCCAAACCCUCAGGCGUUCAUGUGCCAGCCCUGGCUCCUGUGUGGUAUAGUGGCCUACAAUCCCCAGGACAGUCAAUGCUGUGAGGAUGGCAGUGUCCAGUCCUUGCCUCUGAAGUGUGGUCAUGAAGACCAGUUUGAUCCCUGCUCUCAGUAUUGCUGCCCCAACUCUGUCAAGAACACAUUUACUGUGAUUAAUAAGACCAGGGAAGGGACUGAGAGAAGCGACUGUAAAAUGGUGAGCUCCAAUUAA